ACCAAUGGCGAGCCGCCAUUGGUCGGCCACUACCACGUGAACGGGCCACAGGAUGGAGGUUGACGACGUCGGCUAGGGAUUCACGCAGUCAGCUGCUUAAGGUCCGGUUGGCCAGUCGCAGCCAGCGAACAGUUCUUCUCAAGGUAGACGGGUGUAGCAGCCAGGUACCACGAUGGCGGACGACGAGAGAAAACGUCUCGAGGAUGAAAAGAAGAGGAAACAGGCGGAGACGGACAGAAAGAGGGCGGAGGUCCGCGCCCGUCUCGAAGAGGCUUCCAAAGCCAAGAAGGCGAAGAAGGGUUUCAUGACCCCUGACAGGAAGAAGAAGCUUAGGUUGUUGCUGCGCAAGAAAGCCGCCGAGGAGUUGAAGAAGGAACAAGAGAGAAAGGCGGCCGAGAGGAGGCGCAUCAUCGAGGAGCGUUGCGGAAAGCCGAAGAACGUCGACGACGCAAGCGAAGAAUCCCUGAAGCGCGUGCUGCGCGAGUACCACAAUAGGAUCACUGCGUUGGAGGAUCAAAAAUUCGACCUCGAAUAUGUUGUUAAGAAGAAGGAUUACGAGAUCGCGGACUUGAACAGCCAGGUGAACGACCUCCGAGGUAAAUUCAUGAAACCAACACUGAAGAAAGUGUCCAAGUACGAGAACAAGUUCGCCAAGCUCCAGAAGAAAGCGGCCGAGUUCAACUUCCGUAACCAGCUUAAACAGGUUAAGAAGAAGGAAUUCACCCUCGAGGAGGAGGACAAAGAGAACGCGUCAAAAGAUAAGAAGAAGCCCGACUGGUCGAAGAAAGGCGAGGAAAAGAAGGAGGAACCAGCUCCACCGCCUGAACCGCCACAACCGACGCCAUCGCCGACACCCGCACCGCCAGAAACCGCACCAACGCCGUCGCCAGAACCCCCAACGCCGUCGCCAACGCCGUCGCCAGUACCUCCCGCCGAGCCAGCUCCUCCACCUGCUCCGGAACCUGGUCCACCCGCGGAAGGGGCAGCACCGCCAGCGCCCCCGCCAGAAGGUGCACCUGCAGAAGGGGCAGCACCAGCGGAGGGGGCGCCACCGGCUGCUCCUGCGGAGGGGGCAGCGCCACCAGCGGAGGGCGCGCCGGCCGCACCUCCCGCCGAAGCACCGGCAUCGUAACUUCGUCAAAGUUGAAACGGACGAAUGGUCACCUCGCUACACGAUUACCAUUCGUUGCAUCGUCCGAAUUUGCAUGAAACGUACACGGAUAAGCUAGAGUACGGAUUAUUACAAACAGAUAUGCGUCGAGCCGUAUCACACUCGACGCAUAUGAUGGUUCAUGCGUUGCCCUGUCAUCGUCGUCAUCACCGUCAUCGUCAUCAUCAUCAUCGUCAUCAUCGUCGUGACCAUUAUUUUCGCCCCGUAUACGCGUCAUUUUCAACGUCACGUCGGCGGUAUUCGUCGGUCAUGCGCGGUAUCUCGAAGAAUGAAAGUUAAACAGAGCGAGAAAGAUAACAAUGUUGUGUGUACCGAGGGAGG